UUUAUCGUACAUAUUUUCAUCUCUUUUGUUAUGAUAAUUCUUCAGAGAGAGAGAGAGAGAGAGAGACAAAAACGAGGAAGAGAGAAGAGAGGUAGCUAUCGGAGUUAGAUUGUACUGUAGUGUUUUGUUUUUCUCGAGAUUCACGCUGUGGAGCCUCUAUGUAUUUCUGUAUGUAUAUGUAUUUUUCUAACGUUAAAUUGUUUGUACUCUAGUUGUCUUGGAGCGUUAUGUGAUGUUUUAAUAAUGGUCUGAUUUAGGGUUAAAUAUGGUGCUUAGGGUUCGGGUAAAGUCGGGUCGGUGGGAACUUCCCAACGGGUCGUUGCUCACGUGAUCUGCAGGCUUGUCUGUUUUAAAGUACUGUGUUGUUUCUCUUUAAAACAAUGAUUUAUAGCCGUUGGAUUGAACUAGACUUGUUUGGCUCCUAUUUCUAUGUACACAGCUGCCCAGGUUUCUUUGUCCAGUCAGCUAAUUCAAUAAGUAUAAUUUUUACUGUUCUUCCUGAGUUAAAAACAGUGAUAGAGAUGAAAGUGAGAUCAAAUUACCCUGACUUUAACUUUACAAAUGUGAUUCUAUGAAAGUUAUGUGAAUGACAUUUUUUGUUUAAAUAUAUAUAUAUUUUUUUAUCAUUGUUGGCUUCCUUUAGUUCACUAUCAUCUUUCGACUAAAAGAGAAAUUUGAGUUGGAGGGCAUUAUCACCUGCUCCAGCUUACGGUUUAGCUGAUGUGGUUAACAUGUGUAUGUAGUAGGCCCUGCCGAUAUAUCGGAGCAGUUGGUUGUUAUUUUAAUGCUCUUUAGGGGGGAUGGGGGCAGUUAUUGUUUGAUUUAUUACUCAAUGGAGCCUUAUGACCUCUUCAGUUAUAAUUGAUUGUCUGCUUGAUACAGAUAUUAUGUGCUCAUUUUUCCACUAAAAUUCUAUAUAUUUCCCGCACUUCUUGCCGUUUUAUGUUUUUAUAUAUUUGCUGUGACCCUUGCAUCGUGCAUUUUUUAGUUAAUGUAAUUUUUGUGGAUUUAUGAUACAAACAGACGAUUAGCUGCCAGAGUUAUACCUUCUGUCGGUAUAUCAAGUAAACUGGCUAUGACUUUUGUAGUGCAUUUUAGGCGUAUCAAAAUGCACUUGCAUAUAUUCGUUUUGUGUUAACUUUUUUCGAAUUUAAGUCGUAAGUUCCAAAUUUAAUUAUGAGUUGCACAAACAUGCAAAAAGUAUGUGCAACAAUUUUUCUAGUACGUGGUGAAGAGCUACGAUUAUUUUAACACCAGAGAAGCAUUGCACCUGUAGAUUGGAGCUCCCUGUGUAAAAUAAAAAUGACCCACGUUUAAUAUUAAACAGAUAUGUGAAUUGUGAUAGUACUAAAGUAUGGUAACAUUUAGUUGGCCUUUUCCUAUUCAUAAAAUACUCACAUGGUUGGAUUACUUUACACAAGUUGUUCAUUCCUCACCUGACAUUCUCCCAUUUGGUUUGCAUUACUUGUGCGUGUGCACCUAGUAACUGCAGCAAAGGCCUGACAGAGUGCCCACCAACCUUUAUAAAAAUGAAGUAUGAACUUUGGACCAAUCUAUGAACUUAGUUAUUCUAUCAAAUAUUCUGUCUCUUAAUUCUCAUUGUUCAUUCUCUCUAUUCUUCCUUUAGCCUAAUAGUUUAAUGAAGUUAUGAACUUUUUGAUGAAAGCAUGCAUCCAUAGCAAAAAGUAAAGGAAAUACCAUAUGUCCUCGAUCUAAGAGCUAAAAUGGAUCCGGUUAAUGUUGCAACAGUGACCCCCAAAAAGACUCGGCUAGCACGUGCUUUUACCAAGGUCUUGCACAUUCGAGCUUUGACGGGGAUUACCCCUGCUGGAGAUCAGCAUACUAAGGAACAUGUUCAAAAGCAUAAGAUAUUUGAUCAAGUCAAUCAUAAUACUGUAAAGACUGAUCGCUGUGAUUCCUUUGAUGAAGAUGAGAAGCUUCAGAGAGCAGAAGUUAUUGAAGCUUUCCUUGCCAAACUAUUUUCUAGUAUUUCCUCUAUUAAAGCAUCUUAUGCUGAAAUGCAGUUUGCUCAGUCUCCCUAUGACAGUGAAAGUAUUCAAUCUGCUGAUGAGAUGGUAGUCUCAGAGUUGAAAAUUUUAUCUGAGUUAAAACAGUGCUACUUCAAAAAACAGAUUGAUGAUUCAUCUCCCAGAACUACGCAACUUAUGGCAGAAAUUAAGGAGCAGAAGAGUCUUACUAGAACCUUACAAAUUAUGGCAAAGAAUUUAGAUUCUGAGCAUAAGCUAAAACAAUCUGAACUAACCUUUGUGAAAGAGAAGUUUGAAGAGGCCAAAAGUGAGAACAAGUUACUCGAGAAGAGAUUGAAUAUGUGUGGGCCAUUGUCGCCCCUUGACAAUCUUCACUUUUCAGUCCUAAACCCCAACCAUUUUGUAUUAGUCCUUCGGCAGACUGUUAAAGCUAUCAGGAGUUUUGUAAGGUUGAUGAUCAGUGAGAUGGAAUCUGCUGGCUGGGAUCUGGAUGCAGCUGCUAAGUCGAUUGAACCAGGUGUUGUGUACUCGAGGGACAUGCACAAAUGUUUUGCAUUUGAAUCAUUUGUUUGCCAAGAGCUCUUUGAUGGUUUUAAUUACCCUUACUUCUCUCUUUCACAUGAAUCCAUGUCUGAGAAGAAUAGGCAACAAAGGCAAUUCUUUGAUAGAUUCAUUGCGAUGAAGUCCCAUAAGAUGAAGGAGUAUCUGGCCUGGAAGCCCAAAUCCACAUUUGCAAAAUUUUGCCGUACCAAGUACUUGAGACUUGUUCAUCCCAAAAUGGAAGCAUCUCUAUUUGGUAACUUAAGUCAAAGAAAUUUGUUGACAUCUGGUGAUUUCCCAGAAACAGAUUUCUUUUCUCUGUUUUCAGAGAUGGCGAAGAAGGUGUGGCUACUACAUUGCCUAGCCUUUUCUUUCAAGCCAGAAGCCUCUAUCUUUCAAGUUAACAAAAAAUGUAGAUUCACUGAUGUUUACAUGGAAUGUCUAAAUCAAGAAGCUUUCUUGUCCCCUUCUGGUACAGUGGAUACUGAUCCUCGAGUGGCUUUUACGGUGAUUCCUGGGUUCAAGAUCGGUAAAACUAUAAUACAGUCUCAGGUAUAUCUAAACUGAUCUUCCACCGAGAUUAAUCAUUAGUUUAGCUAUUGGAUCAUUGUGUCAAUCUUGGUCCACUUCAUAGGCAACUUUUAAUUGAAUUUUGGCAAAAAAGUCGGAAUCUUGGCUCUCCUGGUUUUGAUGGUUUGUGGGGGCAUUUACCUUUAUUUUUACUUGAUGGUGCUGUACUAUUUCCCCAGUCUUGUUAAUACUCGAUCAGAAUAUGGUAGAGCCCAGGUGUUAUGUUGUAUAUUAUGGCGGUUAUAUAUAAUUAGCAAGUGCUUCUUAAAUUAUGUCA